AUGGCCUCGACCAGCUCUAAUGGAGCCGCUAUCACUCCUCUCCCUCGUCCACGGCUGCCUCCCUCCUCGAGAUCAAGAUGCAGACCGCCCUCAAAGCGCUACAUUUCCAACAAAUCUCGGAGGUGCUUCUCAUCUGCGUCUUCCUCAGGAGCAGAGCAGCAGUCUCGAGAGCCAUCAAAGGACGUCGCAGCGCAGAUCCGCGCUCUCAUGCGGCAGUCCGCUCAGCCGGUAGCGAUCAUCACUGCUUUCCUCCCACCUGCCUCUGCCUCCAAAUCAAAAGGCUCAGCCAGUGAGGGUAGUAGCACGAUUGUUGGAGAAGAGGAAGAAGCAGAUAGAGGGGAGGCCUUGCUGGUGCACGGAGCCACACUCUCCUCUCUAACGACCGUCUCCCUUGACCCUCCUCGAGUGGCCUUUUCCCUCAAGCUGCCCAGUCGCAUGGCCGACGCCCUGCUCCACCAUCAGCGUCACUCUCAGAGGAUACGGGCAGCGAAGUACCCUUCAAGCCACCUCUCUCCUCGCCCGCAUUUCAUCAUCAAUCUUCUCUCCAGCACACAGGCACGCAUAGCUGCCUCUCUUGCCCGACCAGGCACUGCUCCCCUCGACCCCGCAACGCACCCCACGCUCCUCUGGAGUAGCGCUAGUAAGGCUGCAGCGGCAGCAGCAGCGGUGACACAGGGGGAGCUGGGCUCGGCAGAGCAGGUCAUGGGAGGGGAUGCACAUCCACUGCACAUGGAGGAUCUAGUGAUGAGUGCACAUGCGUUCUCUUCCCGUAGUAGUACGGCAGGCGGGAGUGUAGGGACGGACAAAGGGCAGAGAGAAGUAGAGGAGGAAGGGGAAGGGGAAGGAGUGCCCCUCUUGCGAGAUUCACUCGGUGCGCUGGCUUGCACCCUCGAGACAAGCCUGGAUCUCGGCUCAGAAGUCAUCACAAUGGACUCGUCUGCUCAUGACCGAGGAGAGGGCGAGGGGCAAGGCAAGGUGGAUGAAGCGGAAGAAGCGGGCAGCAGGCUCUUCAUUGCUAGGGUAGAUGCUGUCGAGGGCGUGCAGCAGGCAAACUGCUCUACCGGUGCCGGUGGUGGAGUGGAGUCCGACGAGGAGAGCAAGCUGCCGUUGCUGUAUUGGCGGUUAGGCUUUACGACCGUCAAGCAGGAGAGCUAG